GAGCGCGGCUGUCCCCCGGGCGCCAUGGCGGAGGAGGACGGCGGCGAGAGGGACUACGGCCUGACGGCGGCGCAACGGGCGGUGAAAGGCCGCUACCCCGCCAUCCAGAGGAAGUACGCGUAUCUGGAUCACACAGCUGAUGUGCAGUUGCAUGCCUGGGGUGAUACCUUGGAAGAGGCGUUUGAACAAUGUGCUAUGGCCAUGUUUGGGUAUAUGACAGACACGGAGACCGUUGAACCUCUUGACACUGUAGAGGUGGAAGCGGAAGGACACGAUAUGCUCUCUCUUCUCUUUCAUUUCCUCAAUGAGUGGCUCUAUAAAUUCAGCGCUGAAGAGUUUUUCAUACCCAGAGUGGGGAGAAGAGUUCUCUUUGCAGAAGCAUCCCCAGGGGACAGAAGUCAAAGCAAUCACGUAUUCAGCCAUGCAGGUCCAGGAAGAAGGAAAACCAGAAGUUUUUGUCAUAAUCGAUAUUUAAAGAAAGGUGGUCUGUCUGCUGGACGAUCCCUCUGCAUCCAGCCCGUUGAGCAACAGGAGUCAUUUUCAGGAGGAGCCCAGAAGCCAGUCGGCCAGGAGAAGCUCUGGAUGCAGAUUCAGGCAGCAGCCAUUGAGGAGAUAAUUAGACUAACUUGGCAGUGAAAGCCAGAGAUGAAAUUGUUAGCUGUUUCAUGACAAGAUGCGUGAUGGAAAUGAACUAGGAUUAUUUUUUUUCUUGUUUUAAUUUAAUUCCUCCAUUUCCCCCUUGGGGAAUACAUCCAGUAAGAGGAAA